AUGUUAAAAAACUAUAUCCUACUUCUGCAAAUAGUCUGUGGCUUGAGCUUAAGCUGGUCGGCUGAACAGAUAACUCCAUUUCUUAUACAAGGCAUUCCAAAUGAGGCCAACAUAAGCACGGCUCCGUUCACCAAGAUCGGCGACGGCUACUAUUAUAUCGAGCAGAAGUUGCGCUUAAACUGGUACCAGGCCUACGAGUCCUGCCGUCUAAUCGGAGCUGAACUAAUCAGCUUUGAAACUGUCGAGGAGUGGGAUGCUCUUGUGAACCAGCUCGGCGAACGGAAAAGCCGCAAAGAUCGCUCGGAGUAUUGGACUUCGGGCAACGAUCUAGGCAAGGAGGGAAAACACAAUUGGUUUAGAAAUGCACAGCCAAUCAGCAUCAAUAAAUGGGCUCCCAAUCAGCCCGACAACGCCGGUGGACGCGAGCAUUGCGUACAUCUGGGAUAUAUUUAUGGUCACUCGAAAACCUUAGAGCUGAACGAUCGACCCUGCAAUAGCAAAAAUAGCUUGUUGAGUUACAUUUGCGAGGCGUCCAAGCCCCAAACUGUUUCAUUCAUUUUCUGGCAAUAA